AAUUCCAUUUCCAACCACACAUGCAAGCAUCCUUCCACUCGAAGCCAAAGUGCCCUCCCAGCAUAAAGAUGAAGCUUGCCAAAUCCCCUCCGAAAUUCAAAUGAAAUUAAAACUCAUUCAACCCCUCACGUGCAAACAACCACCAUCGCAAUUGCCGUUUGCGUUUUGCAUGGAUUCACACACCACCAAAGCGAAUCAUGCUGGCGCGCUGCUCCGAUUGGCUGCUCGGUAGGGGAUGAAAGCAUUGGCUCCACCCAUUUUCGAACAUGAACGCACUUUUCGAAGUUCGCGCCGUUUCGUUCGUUUCUGCUUCGUCCUUUCCGUUCUGGCGCCCGUGGAAGAUCCUUGCCCAUCGGUGGCCAGAGGAUACAAACCGGAGUGCUGCCACUGCCGCCCGUGUCGACUCGGAAGGAACACGUGUAUGUGUGAGCGCGUGAGCGAAGGGUGUAGAACUCUGAAGCACAGCGGCAAUAAAAUCCAUAACAAAACAAACAAGCGAUUCACAAGUUGUUUGUUAAAUGGGGUUUAAUGAUUUUGUUGUAUGUUAAACUCAUUUUGUAAUUUGAACGCUGCCGACGAGUAAACAACGUGUGUUCUGUCGCUCGGGUGUGUUCUACCAGUAGUGGAUAUCCUGGUCGUGGACGAUGACGGGCGUUGCAAGGUGGUCGGCCGGUAGAGAACGAAACGGUGUUAUCGGACGUAUCGUAGAACAGUGAGAAGCGAGAGCAGACUGGGAUUUAGUUUAGCAGAAGCGUUUGAACACAAGUGUCGGGACACAAAAGGAUGGCGAUUACAAAAGAUUGUGCAGUGGUAGUGAUUGCAAUUAUUUGAAUUGGCUCGAUGCGGUUUGAAGAUAUUCAAGUGCGUGGAAUAGUCAAUGAGGUUUUGAGUGAUAUUUGGUGAUACUUCAAAAAUCGAUUGUAAUUGAGAAUAAUUGACAUAGAAGCAACAGUGAUUGGAAUAGUAGAUUCGCAUUUUUCGCGGUUACAAUACAAUGUCUUCCCCCGAUUUGGAUAUCGAUGUUAAUGUGGUGUCAAGUCCAGAGCCGAGUCCUCGUGGAGCCGUAGGUUCAGACAGCCCUCGUGGCUUACACAGCGAUGACGAGCAAAUAUCCUCACCGGACAGCUCUCAUCCGCACCUCAGCCACCUGCAUCAUACGGCUCUUUCUAGUCACCUGCAUCAUAGUGCAACUAGUCAACACAACUAUCACAGUAUAGCCAGUGGCUUAAGUAAUAAUAACAAUAGCUUCUCGCACAGUCCGGAAUCUCGGCUGAGCCCGCCAAAAACUCCACCGUCGUCGACGGAUUCCCACUCGCAGUCGGGUGGAGGAGGGCCCCCAACUCUAGGGAAAACCGCAGCAACACCUGGAUACACUAGUUUUUCAAUUUCGAGCAUUCUCAGUCGGAAUGAGCCCAGCUCGAAGAAAGGAGUGAUAACCCCGAUCCCGUCGCUUCCGUUAUCCGCCGCGGCCGCAGCUGCAGCGGCGGUAGCUUCAUCGAAUGCGAACGGAAGUGUCAACGGUGCCGCUAGUCCGCAGGAUGUUACAAUGCUUUCCAGGUUAGGAAUCAUGUCGCACUGGAGUGCGAUAGCGAAUCGCUAUGCGGCGGUUUUCCCUCCCGGAUGGCCUUGGCCCCCAGCUUCCCAUCGGAUGCCAUUUCACAGCCCAACCAACGAUAACGUUGGCGGCAUAUUGGAAAACCAGUCCCCAUCGCUGACGCCACCGCCGUCGCACCAAUCCAAGACACCUCCACCGCAUCCGGCAUUCAUGGGUGGUGGGUUGUCGCACAGAGCUACCGGCGGCGGUCCGGGAAGUGUCAUCAAUACACACGGUGCCACCGUCGGCGUCGGCGGUACUCACAAUGGUCUCGGUUCCGGCGGAAGCAGCCUGGGUGGUGGCAGCGGCAGCACCGGCGGCGAUGAUUGCGAAUCCGAUGACGACGGUCAGGAAAUUAUCGAAGAGGACGAGGAUGGCAGCGACAGGCCGUCGGACUCGGCGUCGCCCAACUCGAACGGAGCGAUGCAGUCCAAGCGGAAAAAGAAAACCCGAACCGUGUUUUCCCGGGCGCAGGUUUUCCAGCUGGAGUCGACGUUCGAUUUGAAAAGGUACCUCAGCUCGUCGGAGCGCGCCGGUCUGGCAGCAUCCCUCCGGCUAACGGAGACGCAGGUGAAAAUCUGGUUCCAGAACCGUCGCAACAAAUGGAAACGGCAGCUGGCAGCCGAACUGGAGGCAGCCAACAUGGCGAACAUGGCGCAUGCGGCCCAACGACUGGUCCGCGUGCCCGUCCUGUACCACGAAGGGGCCGCCGGUGGGUUUGUACCACCCCCUCCACAUCCCCACUCCCAGCAGCUGUACUACACAGCGGCGGCGGCGCGUGGCGGCAGCCCUCCACGACCACCACUCUCAUCCUUGGUGUAAUAUUGUGUUUCGAACAUUGGUACUACAACUGUCGGCGCCGCCAAUUGUGCUAGUGUUGGUAGGGCUGAUAGGGCUUGUACCGGUAGCAGCAAAAACUAGUACCAAUCUAGGGAUCGGAGUAACAGGGAGUCCCCUGAUAGGAACCAACAACUUCAGAGUUGAAUCGCUUUGUGAAGCUAUUUUAACGUAAUAGUAGCGAAUGCCAAAUAAAGCACAGAGAAAUAUGGUUUUAACCUAGGAGCUGGGAGCGAUGGUAAAAUCGAUCUCCAGAGAAUAUACCAGUAUAGCGUUGAGUGUAAAUAGUGUGCGGGCGCAAAGCAAAUGCGAGAGACAAACGAUAGGAACCAUUUGGCAAUGAAAAUAUUUUAAAGCUAAUAUCAUCCCCCACUUCAGAAAAUAGAAUGACUGAAAUAAAUCACGCUCACACAUGCAUGUGGGGAUCAUGGAAUAGAAAGGGAAAGCGACUGAAUGGAAAUCAUUUUUCGAAAGCGCACCGAAAACACCAAAGAGCUCUAUCUAAUGUGCUUUCCAAUUGGCCGGACGGAAGUAUUUCAACAAAUUCUGAGUAAAAAUGAUCUCCAAAGGUGCAGAACAGAAUGGUAACGAUAGUCAUUUGUCUUACCUCGUUGCUUGGGUGGCACCUUAUAAUCCUUUUCAAUAUAGUUCGAACAAUCGACUGCGAUCUGCAUAUUUGGAUGAGUUAAAGACAUCUACCUAUGACAAUAUGUGUAAUUUUGUUCUAAUUCUGUAUUUCACUACUCUCUACUUUCUUUCUCAUUGCUGCGUAUACUCUUGAACAUAUGAGGAGGGGUUAAAGUCAGCCAUGUUUAAUUUCUUUGACGUAUCUUCCUAAGAUUGCUGCCUAGAAUUCAAGUCUCAUUUAGAGUCUGCCUCACUAGUUUAACCGCACACAACUUUUCUAAUAUGCAUCAUCUGUCAGUCUUUAUUUCUACUCACUAAACCUAAUUUUAACCAUUCCAAUGUCCCGUCCAUAUGUGAGUGAGCAAGAACCGGGUUGCUCGCCUUCGUCUUAACCUGUGGGCAGGUCAAAUUGCUGUAGACUUCCUUUAUUUCCUUGUUGAGGCUGCGCCGCCAUGAGCCUCUGGGUCUGCCUCUGCUGCGAUGUCCUGCUAAGUUCCAAUCUAACGAUUGUUUGCAGAUUUCGUUCCCGCCCCUGCGGAGAGUGUGACCGACCCACCCCCACUUCUGUUCCCAAAUUUCUGUCGCUAUCGGCUUUAGAUGGCAUCGACGAUGGAGCUCCACGUUGGAGAUUCAAUUGUACCGCAUAUAUAUACCGCAGGCAUCUAUUGAUAUAGACCUGUAGCCGUUGAGUGUUCUCCGCUGAUGCACACCAAGUUUCACUCACUGGAGUACAGCAGCACAGAUUACACUUUAGAUUUGAAAAUUGGGAUUUUGUUGCGACAAAUAAUCGGUUGUUUUUCCAUACAUUUCUUAAUCUCGCAAAAGCAGACCUCGUCUGCUUGAUCCGUGCAACUAUGUCGAUCUUGGUGCCACUUUCAGCCGCCAUUUGGCUACCAAGAUAUUGGAAGCUUUCAACAUUCUCUACUGCUUGCCCAGCUACCGUAAAGCUGGGAUGUUUGACCGUGUUUACAUCCAACGAUUUGGUCUUGUUGACGUUGAUGGUGAGACCUGCCGCUGAGGAGCGAGCUUACUAUGCAUGUCAGAACACCGUUGAGCUAAGAGAGCAACGUCAUCAGCCAGUUCGAAGUCAUUCAGGUACUCCAUGGUAAUGGGCUGCCACAGCCACCCACGAUUUGGUUCUCGAUCAAUCGCACCUACCAGGAUCUUGUCGAUUACGAUGACGAACAGUGACGGUGAUAGUAGAGAUGGGCAAUCAGAUCCGUUAAAAAGAUUCGUUUCAGGAAAGUGAGCGAGUGAGGCGUGGAUCUUUUACAAAGAGAGCCGGAUCACUAGUUUACAUGUAUCUGUGGGAAAGAGCCUAAAAGAACCGAUUCGCCUU